CGGGGCUGGGCUGUGAUUGGGCGGCGUCGCGGUGGGCGUGGUCUCCGGGCCGUAGAUUGGGACGUCCCGCCAUCCCGCGGGCAGGUCCAGUCAAGAUGGCGCUGCUGGCUGGGCUGCGCGUCCCGGCGCGCUCGCUGCUCCGAGCAGGGGCCCGCCUGCGGGAUGCAGCCCUCGGGCGCUGGGAGCGGGCAGCCGGCGGCGGCGGGGACGGCGCGCGGAGCUUCGGGAGCCAGCGGGUGCUGGUGGAGCCGGACGCGGCCACAGGGGUGGCGGUGAUGAAGCUGUGGAACCCCCCGGUGAACAGCCUCAGCCUGGACCUGCUCACUGAGUUGGUCAUCAGCCUGGAGAAGCUGGAGAACGAGAAGACCUUCCGGGGCAUCAUCCUGACCUCAGACCUCCCGGGCAUCUUCUCUGCCGGCCUAGAUCUGACAGAGAUGUGCGGCCGGAACCCCGCACAUUACGCCGAGUACUGGAAGGCCCUGCAGGAGCUGUGGCUGCGGCUCUACCAAACCCACCUGGUGGUGAUCGCCGCCAUCAACGGCGCCAGCCCAGCCGGGGGCUGCCUUUUAGCCCUCAGCUGCGACUACCGGGUUCUGGCUGACAACCCCAAGUUCAUCAUCGGGCUCAAUGAGACCCUGCUGGGCAUCGUCGCCCCCUUCUGGUUCAAAGACACAAUGAUAAACACCAUCGGGCACAGGGCCACCGAGCGUGCCCUGCAGCUGGGGCUGCUCUUCCGGCCGGCCGAGGCCCUGCAGGUGGGCGUGGUGGACCAGGUGGUGCCCGAGGGCCAGGUGCAGGGCGCUGCGCUCUCAGCCAUGACCCAGUGGCUGGCCAUCCCAGACCACGCCCGCCAGCUCACCAAGAGCAUGAUGCGGAAGGCCACAGCCGACCGGCUGCUGACGCAGCGUGAGGCUGACAUCCAGAACUUCGUGAGCUUCCUCUCCAGAGACUCCAUCCAGAAGGCGCUCCAGGUCUACCUGGAGAAGCUGCGGCAGAAGAAGGGCUGAGGGCCGCCUGCCGAGUGGGCCCAUGGCCACGUGCUACAAGGACGUCCCACAAGGUCGCUUGCAGCCUGAAAGCACUUUUAGCUCUGUUUUGCCGGCGUAGACUCCUGCCUGUAGCACUGUCCAGAGCCACCGCUGCCCCUGAGGGCUGUCAGUCUGGUGGGGGAGGGGGGCAACACCUGGCCUGAGAAGUGUGUCUGGGCAGGUGGGGUCACACUGGACCCUGGCCUUGUCACCUCUGAAGUGUCCUUCCCCCAAGAAUUGUGAAUAAAAGUCCUUGGGUUGUCCCUCCUGGA